AUGCCGUCCAUCGAAUCAACGGCCUCGCAGGUGACAACUGCUGAGGCCCUGCAGUUCCCCCCUGUUGCGAGGGACCACAUCCUCCAUUGUUCCUACGAUUACUGGUUUCCAAAAUACCGAACUUCCUGUAUUCGUUCCCGCAUCAUUCCCCUAACUUCUGACUUCGUGUCCUACCUCCACGAAGACGGCAUCAUCCUCGCCGACGAAGGGAAGCCCAAAACCGACGACGAUACAGCCACCUCAGAUGAUGACGACUGGGAACCAUCAUUCCCCACUUCCGCACAUCCACCACCCCGACCCGACGACGACGACGAUGCCUCUGACUCCGAGUCGGACACAGACGAGCCUCGGCCGGCGCCCCAACCCCCCGACGUCCGCUUCCCGUCCCUCCACGCCGAGAUCACUGACGCCAUUGCCUCCCUUGGAGGCUCUGUUGCCCCUAAACUCAACUGGUCCUCGCCCAAAGACGCGACCUGGAUCUCCCGUUACCCAAAUACCAUGAAAUGCACCUCCGCCAACGAUAUCUACAUCCUACUCAAGUCGUCCUCAUUCAUCUCUCACGACCUCGACCACGCCUUCGAUUCCACCCAGCCGCCAGCUACCAGCCAUAACAGCAAUAAUAAUACAAAUGGAAAUCCGCCUGAAUUCAAGCCAGUCCUCGUGCUACGCACUUUCUUCAACCCGCUCCCUUCCCUAGAAUUCCGCUGCUUCGUCAAGUCGCGCUCCCUCAUCGCCAUAUCCCAACGCGACCUCAACUACUACGCCUUCUUAGAUGCCCUUCGCCCGCAGAUUUCCCGCCGCGUUGCGGAGCUCUUCCACGGUCAAUUACGCCUUACUUUCCCCGACGGGGACUUUGUCUUUGAUGUGUACAUCCCCGAGGCCGGUUACGAUGCCGAUGAGAGCGAUGAUGAGGAAGAGGAGGAGGGGACGGAAGGCAAUCGGGAAGGAGGGCAGAGAAAGGUCUUGGGGAGGGCCAGGUUGAUUGAUAUUAACCCAUGGGCGGAGCGGACGGAUUCCCUACUUUUUGACUGGGGGGAGUUGCUGGAUUGGCAGGUGGCGAACCCACUGUUGGGGGUUAUUGGGGGAAAUGAGAAAGAACAAGAGGCCGAGGAGCAAAGCGUCAUCAGCACAGAGGGCACAGAGGACACGGAAGAAGAGGGGGAAACCGAAGAAGACCAGAAGCCCGAAAUCAGGCUGAUAGAGUACGAUGAUCCCGCGGCGUAUAACUUUAGCUCGCCGCAGUAUUCGGCGCAUAAGCUACCCAGGGAUGUUGUCGACGCGAGUAUGGCUGGGCAGGGGGGCAUUAGGGAGUUUGCCCAGAGGUGGCAAAGGAUUACUGAGUGGAGGGAGAGGCAGUAG